UCUCUUGGCUCUGUUCUCUUGGUCGGAGAGUAUGUGUGUGUGUGUGUGUGUGUGUGUGUGUGUGUGUGUGUGUGUGUGUGUGUGUGUGUGUGUGUGUGUGUGUGUGUGUGUGUGUGUGUGUGUGUGUGUGUGUGUGUGUGUGUGUGUGUGUGUGUGUGUGUUUGUGUGUGUGUGUGUGUGUGGGGGGGGGCUCAGGCAGUUUACUGAAGCUCAACUGGUGCGAUCAGAGAUCUGUACAGCACCACUUCACACUUCCUUCCUGAUCUCAUCUCUCGCUCUCUCUCCCUAACGCUCUUUCCCCCUUGCUCUCUUUCUCUCUCUCUCUCAUUACCUCUCUCCCUCCCUUCCUCUAUUUUUUUCUCUCUCUCACUCUCUCGCUCCCUCUCCCCUGCCUUUCCCUCUCUCCCUCCCUCCCUCUCUCCCUCUCUCUCUUCUCUAAUCUGUGGAAUAUUGGAUGAGGACAGAGGACUUUACCCGUGAUUUUUUUCCUUGUCCUUCAGCGCUACUGGCUGGUGUUGGGCUGCAUCCAUGACUAUACACACCUGGCUGAUGUACGGGCUUGGAAUGACUCUGGUUUGGGCUUUUCUUGUAACGCAAGUGCAGGGUCUGCAGUGCUAUGGCUGCAACAUCAUCCAGGGCCAGAGGUACGUGGAUGUUGGCUGCUCCAACCCCGAGGUCCUCACCUGCUCACACUCGCACAAGGGCUUCAAGCACCGCUUCUGCAUCCGGACCGAGAGCACGGCAUUGGGUAUUGUCCUGACCAGCGGCUGUGCUACAUCCAGACACUGCCAACAACAAGAGCUGCCUGGCGUUCGUAUUCACUGCUGCGGCUCCGAUCUGUGUAACAGCACCACUUGGUUGAAAUCAAAUGCACUGCACUAUAUCUGCGCUCUGACCUGCCUGCUACUGCUGCGGCUCGGGUUGUGAUGUAAAGACAUAUUGGAGAGAAAGGAAAUACCGUCUCGGUUCACAAGGGGAUUUCUGGCAGACAUGUUCCCCUCAACUGUCAUAUUCUGGUCACUGACUAGUGGGUGACGAGCGUUGCGGGGUUCUCCUGACAAAUCAUGGGAAAUAUUAGGGUUCCGCUUUACUCAGCUUGCAGUGUUAUUACAAUAGCAUACUGAUUGAACAGCACCCAGAUAACGUUCAUGGUUGGAUUGUUGUUGGAGGUUAAAUCAACAUUUGCCUAUGGAGCCACCCCAGAUCUUCAAAACUCUUCAGAGGCUUAGAAUCAGUGAAGACCAAAUAUAGUGUGAGAAACCUACUUCUUUUGAAUAUUCAGUCACACUGUCUAAAGUCUUGUUCAGAUAUCUAUCUUAUUCAGGCAUAGUCCGCUUUUAAUGCAUGUUAUGCGUGUUUAUUUUUAAGGUUGUACAAAGUAUUUUACAGUAUGUAUUGUGGUAAACAGCUGUAUUAAAAUAUUCCUUUUUAACAAGUUAAC